AUAUCUGGUGCUCCUGAUGGGCCAGGCUGGUCUGGGCCCAGCUCCCCCGAGAGGUGGCUGGAUCCUCUGGGCUACUUCGUCGAUGCCUUUGCCACUGACUUCCAGGCAUGAGGAGGUUCCUGUUCUGGUCGCUGGCAGUAGUGACAGCAGCCGCCACGGGCAGCGUCCUGGCCAUGGCCCUCUCUCCAGCACCCACGACCAUGGUCUUCACCCCAGCACCACUGGAGGACACAUCCUCACGCCCCCAGUUCUGCAAGUGGCCAUGUGAAUGCCCGCCAUACCCACCCCGUUGCCCACUGGGGGUCAGCCUCAUCACAGAUGGCUGUGAAUGCUGUAAGAUGUGUGCCCAGCAACUUGGGGACAACUGCACAGAGGCCGCCAUCUGUGACCCUCACAGAGGCCUCUACUGCGACUACAGUGGGGACCGCCCGAGGUACGCAAUAGGAGUGUGUGCACAGAUGGUUGGCGUGGGCUGCGUCCUAGACGGGGUACGCUACAACAAUGGCCAGUCCUUUCAGCCCAACUGCAAGUACAACUGCACAUGUCUCGAUGGCGCGGUGGGCUGCACACCACUGUGCCUCCGCGCACGCCCCCCACGCCUCUGGUGCCGCCACCCCCGCCGGGUGACUGUGCCUGGCCGCUGCUGCAACCAGUGGGUGUGCGAUGACGAUGCCAGGAGGCCACGCAAGAACAUACCACGUGAUACAGGAGCCUUAGGUGGGUGUGGGCCUGGGGGGGGCCAGGG